UCCAAUUUAUAAAGCUUAUAUCAAUCAAGUAUUUACUUAUAUCACUCAUAGUAGAGUACUCAGAAGAGAGGUUAUUGCUCGAGAAUUUUUUUCAAAAAAAUUUCCUCUAAACAAAGCUGUAAAAUAUAAAAAACUUUCUGAAAAUGAAUUGCAAUUAUUGGAUAGUGAGAUAAUUCAGCAAUCUAAGUAG